UGCUUGGACUCCAAUCAUGUCUGAAUUUGAGAAAACUUCCUAGAUUAUCUUUCUUCUCCAAAAUCAUGGCAUGCACACUAACACUCGAUGUAUCACCUCCAGUACAUCGUUGGAUGGACACCACACUUGAAAGAGAUGUUUUCAAGAAGACCGUCCCUGUUCUUGCCGCCAGAGUUCCUGCUACCAAAACAGGAUCCCUGUUGAAGUCUGAUGUUAUGAAGAAAUCUCUCAUGGAUUUGCCAAAAGUACGCAGCGUUCUUCGGGACCCCCACGAUGACCUCGCGAGGCUGGUGUUGUUAAAUGUAUCUGAGUAUGCUGCUCUCUCACCAGAGGUUCGCAAUUUCCUGCAGGAACAGUCUGCCUCGCUGGUUACGCACAACCUAGACUUAACUUACGACUACUGGACAGCCGAUGAAAUAUUACAUUCCGUGUUGCCCGAGGAGCUCUGCAAGGGCUCCCCAUCAGGUUUCGCAAUUACUGGCCACCUAGCCCACAUGAAUCUCAAUAAAGAAUAUCUACCCUAUAAGCAUAUCAUAGGUCAAAUUAUUCUGGAUAAAAAUCCCAUGAUCAAGACAGUCGUCAAUAAAUUAGACAGCAUUCAUACAAAGUAUCGGUUCUUCAACAUGGAACUACUUGCCGGAGAACCUAAUUAUAUCGUGGAACACCACGAGUCUAAUUGCCGUUUCACCUUCGACUUCACUCAAGUCUAUUGGAAUUCACGGCUUCACACAGAGCAUGACCGGCUUGUCCAGCUCUUCGAACCCACCGACGUCAUUGCAGAUGUAUUUGCUGGUGUGGGUCCUUUCGCAAUCCCUGCUGCCAAGAAGGGAUGUGCAGUAUUUGCGAAUGAUCUAAACCCUGAGAGUGCGAGAUACUUGACCAAGAAUAUCGUUGACAAUAAAGUCGCAAGCUUGGUCCGCGCUAGCUGCGAGGAUGGUCGUGAUUUCAUGAAGAAGGUCAUUGCCCGUGCAAGAGAUCAUCCGUUCCCCGCAUACACAGGACCGAAACUCAGCAAGAUGCAAGAAAAGGAAGAGAAACGCAGGUUGCAACUUGCAAAAUCCUCUCCACCUACAGUACUUGCAUCGGUUGAUAAGUCCACUGUGAAUAAUCAGUCUCCCCGUCAAAUCAUCUCACAUUUUGUGAUGAAUCUUCCGGACUCUGCGAUCGACUUCCUCGACUCCUUCCGCGGGAUUCUAUCAGAAAGCACUAGUGAACGGGAUUUAAGCGGCAUUUACACCGAGAUGCCGAUGGUUCACUGUCAUUGUUUCACACGCGAACUGGAGCCAGACAGGGCUCAGGCGGAUAUUAGACAGAGAGUUGAAAGUAAGCUCGGACAUAAGCUGGGCGCGGAAGUGACGUUGCACAUGGUUCGGUCUGUUGCUCCGAACAAAGACAUGUACUGUAUAAGCUUUAGAUUGCCUCGUGACGUGGCCUUUGCACGGUAAUCUGGAUUAUCUACGGCGCCGGAACACUUCUUGAUUGAUGGGCCGCGGUUUAAGCGGUGUGCAGCCAAACGCGUUGUCUUUGGUAUCGCAUGUAAGGCCCGGCAACGCGAUUCGGUUAUGUAAUCACCCGAGUUGUCUAUCCCCGCAAUAGUACUGCAUUGGCCCUGUUGGAGCA